AUGGUGGUGCUGAAGGGGACAGAUCCUGGAGCAGCAAGAGGAGGCGGCCACGAGGAGCAACCGGGAGCCCCCCUAAACCAGCCCUAUGGGUGAGUAAGGGGAGCAGCCUUGCCACUGAAUAUCUGUGGCUAUUAUUUGGGGGGGGGGAGAAAUUUCAAUUGAUUUCUUUAAUAUAAUAAAAGCAUGGUGGGUUCAGCAACCUUUGCAAGAAGGGAAUGCAACAGCUGUUUCCUUCCGGGAGCAAGCAAGCUGAUCCAUCUCCUAAGAUAGACUUCUCCUGUAACUGGAGGUUCCAUUGCGGAGGCACAACUCAGGAAAUCGGGGUGCGGAGAGCUCUGCCGGAUCAGACCCCCGUUUGGGGGUUCCUGAUUUGGAGAAGGGUACCCCAUCACCUCCUGGCAAAUAGAAGGGGAAGAAAUGGUGGCAGGGAGAGAUUUUACUUUCUUGGGCUACAUGAUCACUGCAGAUGGUGACAAAUUAAAAGACGCCUGCUUCUUGGGAGAAAAGCAAUGACAAUCCUAGACAGCAUCUUAAAAAGCAGAGACCUCACCUUGCCAACAAAGGUCCGUAUAGUUCAAGCUCUGGUUUUCCCAGCUGUGAUGUAUGGAAGUGAGAGCUGGACCAUCAAGAAGGCUGAUCACCAAAGAAUGGAUGCUUUUGAAUUCUGGUGCUGGAGGAGACUCUGGAGAGUCCCAUGGACUGCAAGAAGAUCCAACCUCCCCAUUCUGAAGGAAAUCAGCCCUGAGUGCUCACUGGAAGGACAGAUCCUGAAGCUGAGGCUCCAAGACUUUGGCCACCUCAUGAGAAGAGAAGACUCCAGGCAAAAUAAACAGAUGGUGGGAAAGAUGGAGGGCACAAGGAGAAGGGGACGAGAUGGUGGGACAGUGUUCUCGAAGCUACCAGCAUGAGUUUGACCAAACUGCGGGAGGCAGUGGAAGACAGGAGGGCCUGGCGUGCUCUGGUCCAGGGGGUCACCAAGAGGCGGACACCACUAAACGACUCAACAACAACAGCAGCAGCCCCUGGGGAGACCGUGAGCUUGGUGUGCGGGACGCAACGUGCAAACACACACACACACACACCCGGCCGGUUUGGCUUACCAGACGUUUUGACGGCGCCUCAGAGCUGGAGGUUCAGCUUGGCAGAAGGAGCCCUUCCUCAUUGCCUGGCCUAAAAGGUACUGAAACCGUCUCUUGUGGCGGGUAGUUCCGCCGGGAAGACGGUACGUUGCAGGCAGCCUUUUGCCGUGGUUUCACCAGAGAUGAUUUGGGUUGUUAGGUAACACAAACACAAACACACAUACACAAUGUAUCUGGGAAAACAUGACCUGCCUCGCUUACUCAUCUCUGAAUAAAGUUCCUUGAAUGACAUCAACUGCCAGAACCUGUAAAAUACCUGCAAAUGCCAGUUUUGGGGGAGAGCUUUGCGGCAUCUAUUGGACCGCCACGAGAGCUGUAAAUUCUGCAAACCUGAUUUUUAUCCAUAGAAAUUGCGGAGUUGGUUGUUGUUGUUUAGUUGUUUAGUCGUGUCCGCCUCUUUGUGACCCCCUGGACCAGAGCACGCCAGGCCCUCCUGUCUUCCACUGCCUCCCGCAGUUUGGUCAAACUCAUGCUGGUCGCUUUGAGAACACUGUCCCACCAUCUCGUCCUCCGUCAUCCCCUUCUCCUUGCGCCCUCCAUCUUUCCCAACAGCAGGGUCUUUUCCAGGGAGUCUACUCUUCUCAUGAGGUAGCCAAAGUCUUGGAGCCUCAGCUUCAGGAUCUGUCCUUCCAGGGAGCACUCAGGGCUGAUUUCCUUCAGAAUGGAGAGGUUGGAUCUUCUUGCAGUCCAUGGGACUCUCCAGAGUCUCCUCCAGCACCAGAAUUCAAAAGCAUCCAUUCUUUGGCGAUCAGCCUUCUUGAUGGUCCAGCUCUCACUUCCAUACAUCACUACUGGGAAAACCAUAGCUUGAGCUAGACGGACCUUUGUUGGCAAGGUGAUGUCUCUGCUUUUUAAGAUGCUGUCUAGGUUUGCAGAGUUGGAAGGGACCCCAAAUUUCAGCUCGAAGCAUCCGUGAGGCUGGGUACGGCUGCCCUUCCUUUGACGAGGUUCCUGCUUAAGGCCGGUAGUCAAACCGGUUGCACUUCUUAUUUGCAAAGUUGUUUGUUUGUGUUCCUAAAAAAGGCUGAAUCACCUGAGCUCAAGUGCGUUUGGCAAGGUGGAACGGAGUUCGCUCCUGGAAUACAAUGCUUGUUCUGGAAAUGUAAAGAAAAAGAAGGUACUUUUUAUCAUGUGUGGUGGACCUGUCCCAAGGUAAAAGACUUCCGGGAAAAGAUUUAUAAUAAAUUUUUAAAAAAUGAUGAAAUAUACAUUUAUAAAGAAACCAGAGGCCUUUCUCCUUGGAAUAUUAGGUUCUGAACUGCCCAAGAAAGAUGCAAAGGUAUUUUUGUAUGCCACAACCGCUGCACGAAUCUUAAUAGCCCAAAAAUGGAAAACACAAGAAUUACCAACUGUGGAAGAAUGGCAGAUGAAGAUGAUGGACUUUAUGGAGCUGGCUGAUCUCACUGGGAGAAUCCGCGACCAGAAAAAAGAAGAAUAUCAAGAAGACUGGAAGAAAUUUAAAGAAUAUUUGAAUAAAUAUUGUAACAUUAAAGAUUAGUAAUUACUUGAAAGCACCAAAUAGGCCUAGGAUUAAAUAAAUAAAUGAGAAAUAGAAUGUUAAGAAAAGUUAAGAAAUUUGAUUAUAAUUGGAAUAUUGUUUUUUGAAUAAUGAAUUGGAAAACUGCUACAUUCAUUUACAGGGAAAUUCAGAUGGAAGAGAUUAGAGGAAGUCAAGUAAUACGUUUAAGCAGUUGGAUUUUUAAUUGAUUAAUUAAUUUUUAUUGUCUAUAUGUUUGUGCUUGUAUUUUUGUUAGCAUUUGCUAUAUUUGUUUUAUUUCCUUUUUCUUUUUGUUUCAUUGAUUAUAUUGUAUGUGUGUUAUUUGUAUGAAACUUAAUAAAUAUUAUUGGGGGGAAAAUAAAUAAAAAAGGCUGAAUCACUUGAGCUCAGUGUGUUUGGCAAGGUGGAACGGCGCUCGCUCCUAGAAUGCGACACUUGUUUGCAAUAAAUCAGAUUAUUUCUGCUCUUUGGGUUGAUAAAAAUGGAUCGAUGCAGGUCUCUUGAAAUUGGGGGUCUCUUUUAUUUUAUGUGGGUCACGGCUGCAGACAGCCUGCUGGUUUUUAAAACCAGUGAAUUUUUAGAACCAGUGAAGGCGGUGAAGGUCCUGUGUGAGUGCCUGGAGGCGGUUGGAGGAUGGAUGGUGGCUAAUGGAUUGAAGUUGAAUCCUGACAAGACAGAAGGACUGUUUUGGGGGGACAGGGAGCGGGCGGGUGUGGGGGACUCCCUGGUCCUGAAUGGGGUCACUGUGCCCCCGAAGGACCAGGUGCGCAGCCUGGGGGUCAUUCUGGACUCACAGCUGUCCACGGAGGCGCAGGUCAAUUCUGUGUCCAGGGCAGCUCCAUGUGGUACGCAGGAUGAAACCCUCCCUGCCUGCGGACUGUCUGGCCAGAGUGGUGCAUGCUCUGGUUAUCUCCCGCUUGGACUACUGCCAUGCGCUCUCCAUGGGACUGCCAUUGAAGGUCACCCAGAAACUGCAACUAAUCCAGAUUGCAGCAGCUAGACUGGGGACUGGGAGUGGAGACCACAUAACCCCGGUCCUGAAAGACCUACAUUGGCUCCCAAUACGUUUCCAAGCACAAUUCAAAGUGUUGGGGCUGACCUUGAAAGCCCUAAAUGGCCCAGUAUCCCUGAAGGAGUGUCUCCACCCCCAUCGUUCUACCCUGACACUGAGGUCCAUCUCCUGAGGGCCUUCUGGCGGUUCCCUCACUGCGAGAGGGCAAGUUACAGGGAACCAGGCAGAGGGCCUUCCCGGUGGUGGCGCCUGCCUGCCCUGUGGAACGCCCUCCCAUCAGAUGUCAAAGCGAUAAACUACCAGACAUUCAGAAGACAUCUUAAGGCAGGUUUUUAAUGUGUGACAUUUUAGUGUAUUUUUGGUCUCUGUGGAAGCUGCCCAGAGUGGCUGGGGAAACCCAGCCAAAUGGGUGGGGUACAAAUAAUAAAUUAUUAUUAUUAUUAUUAUUAAAAACGCUUCGCUUCCCCUUUUUGCAGAAGGAUCGAGGAUUGUCUGCCGCCGCUGGCCAGCCCCGCCGCAAAGAGGUUUUCCCCGGCGAAGCGAAAGCAGUACUACAUCAACCAAGCCAUACGCAACUCGGAUCUCAUCCCCCGGGCCAAAGGGCGCAAGAGCUUGCAGCGCCUCGAGAACAGUUGAGUUCCGGGUUGGGGGCGCCUCUCUCUGCCCAGUGGGAUCGCAGAAGAGUCGCAAGCGACCAGGGGUCAUCUAGUCCAACCCGCGGGGAUCGAACCCACAACCAAGCUGCUCUGAGCCGGGGAGAGCUCGGUCCGUGGAAUGGGAGGCUCUUAUAAACACCGGGUUGUGGGUUCGAGCCCCCCUUGAGCUAAAAAGCCCCAGGCCGCUGCAAUCGCUUGAGCCUGAGACUCCGGGUUGCGAGUUCGAGGUUCACCUUGGGCAAAAGAUUCUCAAGGUUGCGAGUUCGAGGUUCACCUUGGGCAAAAGAUUCCUGCAUUGCACAGGCUACAGGACCCUCAGGGAGGGGUCCCUUCUCCUCUCCUCGUAGUUCCUCUAAGCUAAAAAGCCGCUACAACUGCUUGAACCUGAGACUCCUAAUUUCAGGGCUGCGGGUUUGAUUUCUGCAUUGCACAGAGUUGGACCCUCUGCAAUUCUGUGUUUCUGCCAACUGAGCCGUGUUGCAUAAUGAUAGUAAAGGUAAAGGGACCCCUGACCAUUAGGUCCAGUUGUGGCCGACUCUGGGGUUGCGGCGCUCAUCUCGCUUUACUGGCCAAGGGAGCCGGCGUACAGCUUCCGGGUCAUGUGGCCAGCAGGACUGAGCCGCUUCUGGCGAACCAGAGCAGUGCACGGAAACGCUGUUUACCUUCCCGCCGGAGUGGUACCUAUUUAUCUACUUGCACUUUGACGUGCUUUCAAACUGCUAGGUGGGGAGGAGUAGGGAUCGAGCAACGGGAACUCACCCCGUCAUUGCGGGGAUUCGAAGCGCCGACCUUCUGAUCGGCAAGUCCUAGGCUCUGUGGUUUAACCCACAGCGCCACCCGCGUCCCAGUGCAUAAUGAUAGGGGAAGCAUUUUCCGGCCGGGGGGCCGAAUUCUGUUCUGGGGGCGAGGCACCGGCCAGUGGAGGCGGGGCCAGCUGCAAAAGUGGGAGGAGCAAUAUAUGCAGAUUUCGGCUUUGUACUGUCGUUUGGACCCAUUGCUAACCUGCAGAGGUGUAUCGUGAAUUCUGUUUUCCCCCUCCAGCACGUUACCUGAUGACUCUCCUGGAGCAAGACGAAUGCACAGGGGAAGACGGGGAAAUCGUGCAUCCGGCCAAUCCGAGCAUUUUCACCGAAGCUUGCAACAACGAGACGUACGUCAAGGUACGCGUUGUGGUCUCUUUUCGUUAAAUUCCAGCUCUCUUCCUUGAGAGGCUCAGCUCAAGACAGAAGGACUGUUUUUGGGAGACGGGGUGGGCUGGUGUGGAGGACUCCCUGAUCCUGAAUGGGGUCACUGUGCCCCUGAAGGACCAGGUGCGCAGCCUGGGAGUCAUUUUGGACUCACCGCUGUCCACGGAGGCGCAGGUCAGUUCUGUGUCCAGGGCAGCUCCAUCUGGGACGCAGGAUGAGACCCUCCCUGCCCGCAGACUGUCUGGCCAGAGUGGUGCAUGCUCUGGUUAUCUCCCGCUUGGACUACUGCCAUGCGCUCUAUGUGGGGCUACUUUUGAAGGUGACCCGGAAACUGCAACUAAUCCAGAAUGCAGCAGCCAGACUGGGGACUGGGAGCGGCCGCUGAGACCACAUAACACUGGUCCUGAAAGACCUGCAUUGGCUCCCAGGACGUUUCCGAGCACAAUUCAAAGUGUGGGUGCUGACCUUGAAAGCCCUAAACGGCCUUGGUCCAGUAUAUCUGAAGGAGCGUCUCCACCCCCAUCGUCCAGCCCGGACGCUGAGGUCCAUCUCCCGAGGGUCUUCUGGCGGUUCCCUCCCUGCGAGAAGCCAAGUUACAGGGAACCAGGUACCGGGCCUUCUCAGUGGUGGCGCCCGCCCUGUGGAACGCCCUCCCACCAGAUGUCAAAGAGAACAACAACUACCAGACUUUUAGAAGACAUCUGAAGGCAGCUUUUAAUGUUUGAUGUUUCACAAUAUUUUAAUUUUUUUUGGAAGUCGCCCAGAGUGGCGGGGGAAGCCCAGCCAGAUGGGCGGGGUAUAAAUAAUAAAUUAUUAUUAUUAUUUUGCAAAUUGCAUCUUUUCUGUAUUCAGACGAAUCAACAAUUCAACAACAUUUCAAAUUUGCAUUUUGUAGCUGGAAUUUCAGCAGUAUUUCAAAUUUGCAUUUCGUAGCUGGGAAUCGCAUCUCGCCCAAAUUCGGUUUUGAUUCAUUCGGUCAAAUUGGGUGCGAGGUGAAAGCAAAUCGUUUUGCAAGACCUCAGCUGCGACGGGAAAGGAACUUUGCCGGACCUGAGCUGCCAGAUGGGAAGAGAGCGUUGCUAAACCUCAGCCGCUUUUGCACGUUUUUAAUUCUGAAAGCUCUGUGGACUUUGAAGCAGCCCCUUCUUGUCGUUUUCAGUCCUAUGCAGGGAUUGGGAUCUGAACGAGUCUGCGUUCUGAAUUCCGAAGCCUUUUUUCCGUACCUGGGUCGGGAAUUCGUCUUUCGAACUCGGGUUCCAGUUGGGAGUGACGGUGCGAGAUAAAGGAGGCGUUGUUGUUGUUUUAAUAGCAUGUAUCAGAUUUAAGACCUUUUUUUUUUACAUAUUGCAGCUUGUUUCUGCAAAACUUCAAAACGUUUUUGCGUACAAAAGCGAUCUUUUAAUUGUUUCGCUUUAUGUAUCAAAUCGUGUGAGCUGUUUUUAUUGCACGUGUCUUUUUAAUUGCAAAAUUAUUUCGAGUUACCUUACGUGGAGCGAUUGCCGAAAAGACUUAAAUUGCACAAUUGCAACCCCUACUUAAAAACCACCCACAGUCGAAUAAUUCUUACUUUCAGAAAGUUCUUCCUGAUGUGCAGUUUGCCGUAACUCGGCCAACCUAAAUAAAUACAUAAACCCUAUUUUUAAAUAAAUACACAAACUCAGUUUUAAAAACAGUGGUACCUUGGUUCUCAGACUUAAUCCGUUCCGGAAGUCCGUUCCAAAAAUCCAAUUUAAAUCAAAAACAGUAACAUUGCAGCAUACGUAUCUGUGUUUGUUAAAAGCAUUAAAUAAAACAACUUAGACUGAGUUUUAGCACACAUGAAAAACUUAAAACAAAUCCUUAUAGGCCUUUGGACUUUAACUUAAAUAGAAAACUACGUUUAGAAAGAUUUUUUUCUCCAAAAGCAGUUUUUAAAAAUAUAUAUAUCAAUUUUUUUUAAUAAAAAAAUUCGAUUUAAAUUUUUAAAAAAUCACUGAUUUUUAUGCGCACUCUGGAUAAAACCCUCAACCCUGAUAUUCAGAGUCUCAAGUUCCGCCUGGAACCUGCACAAACCACACUUUGGGUUCUCCGGCUUUCCGCCCACUUAAUCAACUCGAAAGUGGAUUGAUCUUCCGACGGGAAAAUAAAAUAAAAUUACCGGCCCUGCGAAACGCAGCUCUUUUACCCGCUCCAGUGGCUGGGUUUUUGACUCAGGAUGGGCAGAGAGGGUUGUGCGUUAAUGGGAUUCUCUCGUUUUUGUGUAUGUGUGUCUUGGCUAAGAUUUGGAACGACUUCAUGAACCGCUCCGGCGAGGAGCAAGAGAGGGUCCUCUUGUACCUGGAAGAGGAGGCGAAGAAGAAGCAGAAGGGCAAACUGGCCGAAAAAGCAGAUGUCAAGUGGAACGGUAUGGAGGGUUUGGCCUGGACUGCCUUGCAGGGUUGGUUUGCAUUUCUGGGGCAAAAAAUCCCUCCCUUCUCUCUCUCUUCCUUCCCCUUCAUUCCUUCUCAGUUUCUUUUUCCUUCCUUCCUUCCUUCCUUCCUUCCUUCCUUCCUUCUCUCUCUCUCCCCCUUCCUUCCUUCCUUCUUCCUUCCUUCCUUCCUUCCUUCCUUCCUUCCUUCCUUCCUUCUCUUUCUCUCUCUCUCCUUCCUUCUCUCUCAGUUUCUUUAUCCUUCCUUCCUUCCUUCCUUCCUUCCUUCUCUCUCUCUCUCUCUCUCUCUCCUUCCUUCCUUCCUUCUCUCUCUCUCCUUCCUUCUCUCUCAGUUUCUUCUUCCUUCCUUCCUUCUCUCUCUCUCUCUCUCUCUCUCCUUCCUUCCUUCCUUCCUUCCUUCCUUCUCUCUCUCUCUCUCUCUCUCUCUCCCUCCCUCCCUCCCUCCCUCCCUUCCUUCCUUCCUUCCUUCUCUCUCUCUCUCUCUCUCUCUCCUUCCUUCUCUCUCAGUUUCUUCUUCCUUCCUUCCUUCCCUCCCUCUCUCUCCCUUCCUUCCUUCCUUCCUUCCUUCCUUCCAGUCAAGUGGGGAUCUGUCUUCCCCACUCAAGUUUCCAGACCAUCUUUGCUCUUGGAGGGAGGAAGAGAGAUUUCUGCUUUCAGCCGAACCUCCAUAUGCAAGAGCAGUCUACCCUCGAACGCUCCCUGUUCAGGAGACUCCUUACCCUUCCUGGCAGUGCCGGUUUUCCGUAUAAUCUAAACAAGGUAGAAGCCCCGGUCCCUGUUCUUCCUCUUAGAACCACAAAAGUGCAGAACUGGAAGGGACACCGCAGGGUCAUCCAUCUCAACCCCAUGCGAUGCAGAAACCGCAAACCUGUUUUCCUCCUCUUUCCGUUGCAGAACACGCCGCUUACACCCCUCAGGAAUGCUUCCAGCGCAUCAGCCGGCGCCUGAGGACCACGCUGAAGCGGAGCCGUAUCCCCAUGGUAGGUUUCGAACGCGGGGCCGAAGAAGAAACCAGCUGUUGCAGCUUUGCCUGGGCAUGGGGUACAAAUAAUAAAAUGGCUUUGUUGUUAUUUGCCGCUGCUUCUAUUUCCCCCCCAGGGGACCCUGGAGUGCUUCGAAGAUGAGCUAUUGGCCUUUUUCUCGACCAGCCCUCGUUCCGUCUACACGGCAAUGAUGGACAACAGGUGACAAAACGGUUCUCGCGCCGGGCGCCGCGGCCGGAUGGGAAUGCACAACAUGGUUUUUUGGGGUUUUUUUCCCAUACUGAUAAAGCCAACAGCUGUUGGGAACCGGACGUAUCCAGAGUAAAGGAUCUAUAAAGGAUGGAAAAUAGGAAGUUAAUUUCCUAUUAAUUAUUUCCUAUUAAUAAUUUCCUGUUGUAUUAUUUUAUUGUUGUUAGCCGCCCUGAGCCCAGCUUCGACUGGGGAGGCGGGAUAUAAAUAAAAAUUAUUAUUAUUAUUAUUAAUUUUCUGGCUUUCAAUUGGAACUUAGCCUGAUCUCUUAUUCCCCUUCCUUCCCUUUUUAUGAAGAUUCCCCGCUCUGGGAUCCCACAGCUAAUUCUCCCCUGGUCUCCUCGCUGGCCCAAACAGGACUAAUUUAGCCAGCUAGCCCUAAUGUUUAUCGAAUUGGUUUUCCCCCUAAAUUGAUUUUUGAAUUCUGAAUUUGUUAUUCACGUUUUAUACUGUAUUUCAUGCUGUUUUUUGUUGCAGCAAUUAAGUAUUUUAAAUUUGUUGGUAGCCCGGUUUUCUGAACCGGGAAGGGCGGGAUAUAAAUAAAAAUUUAUUAUUAUUAUUGUUACAUAGGAUGGAGAGUAGAAAGUUAAUUUUCUGGAGGGGGGGGGGAAAGUUGCCCAACGCAAGAUGAUAAGAAAGAGAAAUCAAUAUAGAAAUAAGUAAUGGUUUAAAACAGAUGGCGGGGGGGUGAAGCUGCAAAUUCUUCCGUUCCGCGAAGGUACCGUAUUUUUUGCACCAUAACACUCACUUUUUUCCUCCUAGAAAGUAAGGGGAAAUGUCUGUGCGUGUUAUGGAGGAAAUGCCUACGGGUGGCAUGCCUACAGAUUUUCCUCCUCUAAAAACUACGUGCGUGUUAUGGUCGGGUGCGUGUUAUAGAGCGAAAAAUACGGUCUAUUUAAUAUCGUUUUGUGAACGUACGGCCGGAAUCGAUCAAUUGACGUAACGGGAAUUGAACGUAAGGGAAGAAUUGGGAACCUCAGGAAAUAAUUGGGAACCAGAACUGUGAAUUGAACCUAAGGAAAUAAUUGGGAACCUAAGGAAAGAAUUGGGAACCAGAACUGUGAAUUGGAACAUAAGGAAAGAAUUGGGAAUAUAAGGAAAGAAUUGGGAAUAUAAGGAAAGAAUUGGGAACCAGAAUUGUGAAUUGAACUGAAGGAAAGAACUUGCAGAAAGUUAUAAAAAUGUGUUUUUCGAUCUCUCUUCUUACAGCUUCGAAAGGCUUCUCCUUCACGCUGUCUGCCAAUACAUGGACCUCGCUUCUGCCAGUAAGGGCUCAUUUCUGAUAAUAUUUCGUAUUUAUUUUGGGAGGAAACUUGCUUGCCCGUGUCAAACGGGGCUAUCUCUCCCUUGCAGAGAGGGCGAGUCCUUUCUGAUCCGCCUUUGCCUUCCGUUCCGGCCUCCGUGGCUGAGUGAUAAGUGGAAAAUAACUUUUUUUAUUUUAAAAAUUGCAAUUGGAAAGCCCUUCUUCCUGCGCCCAACCCCCCUCAAAAAAAUCUCCUAAGGUUUUCAUUCUACAGUGGUCCCUUGGUUCUCAAACUUAAUCUGUUCUGGAAGUCCGUUCCGAAACCAAAGCGUUCCAAAACCAAGGCAGCGCUUUCCCAUAGAAAGGAAUGCAUAACGGAUUAAUCUGUUCCAGACUUGUAAAAACAGCCCCUAGAACAGCGAUUUAACAUGGAUUUUGCCAUCUAACGAGACCAUUGAUCCAUAAAACGAAAGCAAGAAUCAAUGUGCUGUACUAUAAAAUAAAUAAGGCAGUAUUGUAGAUGAUAAAAAUAAUAAUAAUAAAAAUUUCUUGCCUGCACUGAUGAUGGUCAUUGUUUGGAGUGGGGGGGUCUUUUAUCCAUUUCCGCAGUCACAAAGUCCAUCCAUCAGUAGCUGAACUGGGUUCUGCACAGUCACAAAAGCAAAUGAACCCGAAAAAGCCACAAAAACAAAAACGCAAAAUAAAUAGCAAAAACAAAAGCGCCAAACUUAAUCCGUUCCAGAUGUCUGUUUGACUUCUGAAAUGUUCGGAAACCGAGGCGCGGCUUCUGAUUGGUGCAGGCGCCCUGGAAACAGUAGCCGACAGCCCUGUUGGACGUCUGGCUUCCAAAAAACGUUCGAAAACCAGAACACUCACUUCCGGGUUUGGGAACCAAGGUACAACUGUAUUUGCUUGUUUCCUUUUGGAAAAGAACACCUGUUUUUCAAGGUGUUUAAAUAAGCCAAAAUUAUUAUUAUCAUUAUCAUUAUUACUACCAAACAAGCAAACAAAAAUUUCCUUCCAGUAGCACCUUAGAGACCAACUAAGUUUGUUACUGGUAUUAUUAUGAUGAUGAUUAUUAUUAUGAUAUCGUCCGUCUUAGGUUCUGACUACGAAGGGAAACGCCAGAUGAAAGUUAGCAACAAACACACCAUCUUCCUGCCUCCGGAUCCGCUUCUUUCGACUUACCUGGAGCAAAUGAGCUGA